CCAACCUGCCUAAAUGCCGUUCUGCCAGGUCACAUUCACGCCCCGCGUUUAUUUCAUUCUGCUGUUUAUAAGGUGGGGACUUUUCCCCGGGUUAUAACUUUUGCUCUUCUUUUCUUUGCCCUGCCAUCGUUCUCUCACCUAUACCCCACACUUUUGUUACCCCGGUCCACAUCCGCAAAUAUGGGUGACGCUGUCGCCCCCAACAAGGACUAUGGCGGCGACGUCCAUGUCGAGAAGGCCAUCUCGCACGUCGAUGACUCCGCUGCCCUCGACGAGAAGGCGCAAGCCGCUCUCUACAAGACGCAAGCUAUGGAUGCAGAGACUGCAGAGCAUGACAUGGGUGUGGUGCAAGCUGUCAAGGCGUAUCCCAUGGCUGCUCUCUGGGCAUUUAUCAUGUCUUGUACUAUCAUCAUGGAGGCCUACUGUGUGUUCCUGAUGGGUAACUUUGUCGCCCUACCCGCUUUCGAAAUUCAGUAUGGUAUCCCACUCAACCACCCAGACCCGGAACGUCCAUGGAACAAGGUCAUCGCGGCUAGCUGGCAGUCAGCGCUUCAGAUGGGAGGUCCCCUUGGUGCUAUCAUCGGUGUUUGCCUGGCUGGUCCCCUUACCAGCCGCAUCGGAUACCGUUGGGCGACCAUCACCGGUCUCAUGCUUCUCAACGCUUUCAUCUUCGUCUUCUACUUCGCCAACUCGCUCCCGAUCAUGUUCGUCUCCCAAUUGCUCGAGGGAAUUCCAUGGGGUAUCUUCAUUGCCAACGCACCGGCGUACUGCAGUGAGAUUACGCCAAUUCAGCUGCGAGCCCCUGCUACCCAGAUGUUGCAAAUGUUCUGGGCCAUUGGUGCUAUCAUCGUCAACGGUGUCGCUUACUACUACAACCCCAAGAAGGACCCGAGUGCGUACAGGGUUCCUAUUGCGCUUCAAUGGAUGUUCCCAACCCCUCUCGCGAUCCUCAUCUUUUUGGCUCCAGAGUCUCCCUGGUGGCUCGUGCGAAAGGGACGUCUCGCAGAGGCUGAAAAGGCUGUCGGACGUCUCGGACGCAAGGGUCAGCUGAACCUUACCGAGGCUGUUGCCAUGAUGCGCCGUACUAUCGACCUCGAGAAGUCUAUCAAGGAGCCCAAUCUCCUGGAACUUUGGAAGGGCACCGACCGAUACCGAACCCUGAUUGUUUGCGGUGUGUACGCGGCCCAGAACUUGACUGGUAACCUCAUUGCCAACCAAGCCGUCUAUUUCUUCCGUCAGGCCGGUAUCUCAGUAAACACUGCAUUUGCCCUGGGUCUCAUCACAUCUGCUCUUCAGAUGAUUUUCGUCAUGCUGUCCUGGAUUCUGACCACAUACCUCGGCCGACGAACCAUCUAUGUUUGGGGAUCGCUCAUCAACGUUGGAUUCCUCGUCGCUCUCGGUAUCGCAGCGUCCGUAGGUGUUUCUAAGGCAGCAUCACUAGCUCAGGCUUCUCUGGGUCUGAUUGUGUCUGUUCUGUUCACCUUGGGACCGGCGCCCGCUUCUUGGGUCAUCAUUGGAGAAACAUCUUCGAUUCGUCUCAGGCCUCUGACCACCGGUAUCGGACGUGGUGCCUACUAUGUGGUCAACAUUCCCUGCAUUUUCCUCUCCAGUUACAUGCUCAACCCUGAUGAGGCAAACCUCGGUGGCAAGUGCGGUUACGUCUGGGCUGGAACCGGUUUCUUCUGUUUCGUUGUUGCAUACUUCUUCCUUCCUGAGAUGAAGGGCCGAUCAUACCGUGAGAUUGACAUUCUGUUCAAGCGCAAGGUCCCGGCCCGCCAAUGGAAAAAGACUGUUGUCAACAUCGAGGAGGACUCGUAGAUGGGGGUGCGCCUAUUAUGGUGAGAUUGGAAAGCCUGUGGGAACAAUGCUUCAGCAAGUGCUCGAUGUUUGUUCAAGAUCGAAAUUGUCGGUCGAGUAAUAUAUGCCUUGCGUGCCUAUUGGUGACAAGAGCAG